CGUGCGCAGCCCGCGAUGGCGCGGCCGACCCGGCGAUGCCCAGGUUCCUGGGCGCUGCUGCUCUCGCUGCUGUUGGCCGGGCCCGCCUCCUGCAGCGCUAGCCCCGCGGACGAUGGCGCGGGCCCGGGGGGUCGGGGUCCCCGAGGCCGGGUGCGGGGGGAUCCGGGCGCCGACGAAGCGGUGCCGCGCCACGACUCCUCCUACGGCACCUUCGCGGGGGAGUUCUACGAUCUGCGCUACCUGUCGGAGGAGGGUUACCCUUUCCCUACUGCUCCUCCUGUGGAUCCAUUUGCCAAAAUCAAAGUGGAAGAUUGUGGAAAAACCAAGGGCUGCUUUAGGUAUGGCAAGCCAGGCUGCAAUGCAGAGACCUGUGACUACUUCCUUAGCUACCGGAUAAUAGGGGCUGAUGUGGAAUUUGAACUGAGUGCAGACACAGAUGGUUGGGUAGCAGUUGGGUUUUCUUCAGACAAGAAAAUGGGGGGUGAUGACGUCAUGGCAUGCGUCCAUGAUGACAAUGGCAGAGUUCGAAUACAGCACUUCUACAACGUAGGGCAGUGGGCAAAGGAAAUUCAGAGAAAUCCUGCCCGAGAUGAAGAAGGAGUAUUUGAGAACAACCGAGUCACCUGCAGAUUCAAACGCCCUGUGAACGUUCCCAGAGAUGAGACAAUCGUUGACCUGCAUUUGAGUUGGUAUUACCUGUUUGCUUGGGGCCCAGCCAUUCAGGGCUCCAUCACCAGACAUGAUAUAGACUCUCCACCAGCUUCGGAGCGCGUGGUCAGUAUUUACAAGUAUGAAGAUAUUUUUAUGCCAUCAGCUGCCUAUCAGACCUUCUCAUCACCAUUUUGUUUGCUUCUCAUUGUUGCCCUGACCUUCUACUUAUUGAUGGGAACCCCUUAGCCACAGCUGCAAGGCUAAAUCAUUAAAUGGAUUGGAAAGCCUUUGCUAUCUCUCUAUUUUUCCCCCCAAGAAUGUCCAGGACAAUUUUAGCUUUUGUUCUUUAAAGACAACUCGUGAUUUCAGCUUUUUGUUGGAAGAAAGAAUGAGCUUCUUUUCUAGUCAAAGAUGAUUGUUUCAUAGUGAUCCUCUUUUUAGAGGGAAGUACUUAAAACUUUUGUAAGCACUUUCAAAUGUGUUUUCUUAUGUGAGCGUCACAAUAUCUCUGUGUUGGCUUUGAUGAAACUAUAAUUGCUAUCUUAGUGAGUGGGAAUACAGACCCAGGAAGGCUGCCUUUUGAUGCAUGUCAAGGAGCCUUUGCUAUUUGGUUAUGUACAAAUCAGAAGGUAGAGAAAGAACAAAUGCAGAAAACAUGUCCGAACAGUCAUUACUAAAUUCACUAGCAUAAGAGCUACUUUGUGUAGAGCUAGGGAAAAUGUCACUGGAUUUCACCAUUCCACAGUCAGCCUCUUAAAUGUAUGCAGGAUAUCAGUGCUUUUGGAUAUUUACACCAUUGAUGGGGAAUGUGAGGGAGAUUACAAUGAUAUGAAAUGGUACCUAUUCAUCUGAAGUUUCAGUUAGUGAGUAGCUACAAAAAACAUUUUUAUAUUACUGUUUAGAAAGGCUGGAAACAGAACUAUGAGUGUCCCUGAAGACAUAAACGUAUUUUAAUGGUAAAAAAAAAAAGUAGCUAAUUGCCUAUGGCUCACACAUAUAUAUUUUACUAUCCAGGAGGCUGAGGUCUAAGGACUUAGUUUAUCUAAUAGCUUAUCUGGGAAGAGUCAAUUCUGUUGUCAAGUUGGCAUACAUUAAGUGUGAUUACAUAUAUGUCACAACAGACAAAUCACCUUAAAAGUUUAAGGAGUUUUAAUCAUACAUUAAUAUUUUAGGGGAUUUUAGCAAUUUAAGCAAAAAUAUUUUUUAGUCUGAGGGUUUUUUCUUAUUUUUUUUUAACUUAGAAAAAGGGAAAAUGAUCCAUAAAGUAAAUUCAUGUGGAGUACUCAUUCAAAAUGUUCUGACUCAUAAAUUAUAUAGGCAGUCAGCAUCAUUCGUGAUGAUCCCUGCAUGCGAUAUAUUUUCUUUUUCACAGGAAACCCAGAUAUUUCAUUUUAUACCAAUUGUCUGAGCCAACAGCUCUGCCAAGGGGAGGAGUCUGUGGGCAUAGUUGUGCUUGAGAUAAGUCCUUUGUGAUAUUUUAGACGUUUCGAACUUGCAUCCAUUGCUUUAAGGUUGACUCCAAGUUUGUGAUUAAACUACCCUGAGACUGAGACCCAAGCCAUCUUCAAGAUUCAUGUCUUCAAGGAAGUAUGCCUGCGGAGAAUGCUUUCAGUAUUUCUAGACUUGAGCCAAAAUAAGGAAAAUAAUGGAUCGUCUGUGAUGUUGCCAGUUACAAGUGCUUCUAGGGAUGUAGGAGAAAGACUCCCAUUGCUGUUAGAGAUUAAAUCAUAUCAAGUGGACCAUGGAAUUGGUCCACUUUCAAAGUUCAAGUUCAUGGCUCUACCCAACUACCACUGCCUCUUCAGCUGAGCCUGACCCGUGUAUUUCUAUUUAUUUCAACUACAGUGGUUUGUUUGGGAGUAAGUAUAGGAAUAUGCAGACACCCACAUUGUAUAUAAGAAAGCAAAUAUUUUUAUAUCUUACUCUGUUAUGUGUAUAAUAGCUGAACUAUAAAUAAGUUAAAACAAAUGAUAUCCUUCUGUCAGAAGUUUCCUGUUACUAAAUGGAGUUUCCUUCCACAUCUAUUUCAAAGCAAGAUAUUGAUUUCAUUACUUGCCUCUGCUUUGAUGACUGGAGUUGCUUAUUGAUGCCUAGUACAUUCAGUGAUUUCUCAUUGCCCUUACGAAAAAAAAAAUGCAAUCAUUUGGUAAGUUCAAGGAUCUUCUACUGCUGCCCAGUCCAUUGUUGUGCCCCAGACUUGUUCCCUCUCACCUGUCAUCUGUUCCUCAUGUGCAAAUUAUCUCCAUUUUGUGCUUUGUGAAAAGGCUACUCAUCACAGCUCGAUUGUUUCUUCUCGUUGUUCCUUGGACCCAAUACUCCUAUACCAUACAGGGCGUUCUUAUAAUGCUGGUCAUACUUAAUUAUAAUUGCCUGGUAACUCCUAAUGCAGGAACCAUCUCUUCUUACUAAUCAUC